UUGUUAAUUAGAGACAGACGAAUGAAGCCAAUAAAUAAAGUGAAAGCAAAGCGGUUUUAGAACGGUCCCGGAAAAUCCAGAGCCAUCGGAAUAGAGCGAAGGAGGAGAGGGGAAGCGGAAGGGGCGAGAGUAGGCAGAUACUGCAGGCAUCCCCAUGCGCUGUCUCACUCUUUCAGACGCCAUUGUCUAUGUAUGAGUGCAACGGUGUGCGCGGCUGUCGCUUGGAACUCCCCCUCUUGCGUCGACUUAGAGCGGCAGUGCGCGCUUGGUACUCUUGGCAGCAGCAGUGCAGUCACUUCUUGUUUAGCAGGUGGAGAGCAUAUCUGCUGUGUGUGAAAGUGAGAGAGAUAGGUAGUCAGUCACUGGCAUCGGGCGCGCGCGCUAUAGUGCCGCGGUACGGUCGUGCGAAGCACACUACUGCAGACCAAGAGGCGAGUUGAGCGUUUCGGUCGUACAGACGGCGUCGUCGUCCAGGUUACAUUGAAUACGUACUAUUCGCUUGGAAGUUGUCACAAGCGGCACCACUACGGCGGCACUCGUGCACGAGCGCCAGGCGGGCCUGCAGCAGCCGGACAAGAAGCAGCGGGGCCGCCAAGCAGCGCCAGGCAACAAUACCAGCAGCAACACCAGCUCGAGCGGCGGCAGGAUGGUACUCGCCGAGAAGAACUCUGAAAACGUGAGGAAUGGGCGCAGGUCCCAGGGCCCCAGUCCCAACGGACAAACCGAGUCCUCCGAAGACGACGAGUUACCAGCGGAAAAAAUCCGUGUUGGGAGAGAUUAUCAGGUUAUUGUUCCUGAGCUGGUUCCUGUAAAUGAUCGUAAACUGGACUCGUGUCCUGAGAAAGCAUUGCUUGUCUGGUCACCAACAAAUGAUAUUUCAGAUCAAAACUUGGAUGAGUACAUCAUAUUGGCUAAGGAAAAAUAUGGCUACAAUGGAGAACAAGCAUUGGGAAUGCUAUUCUGGCAUAAACAUAAUUUGGAAAGAGCUAUCCUUGAUCUUGCAAAUUUUACACCUUUCCCCGAUGAAUGGACCGUCGAAGACAAGGUUCUUUUUGAACAAGCUUUUCAGUUUCAUGGGAAAAGUUUUCACAGAAUACGACAAAUGCUUCCUGAUAAAACUAUUGCUAGCCUUGUUAAAUACUACUAUAGUUGGAAGAAAUCUCGCUCUAAAACUUCACUCAUGGACAGGCAAGCAAGAAAGUUGACAAGUGGCAAAGAAGGAGAAAAUGGAAGCGAAAAUGGAAGUGAACUAGCUUCAAACUCAGAGACCGAAUCUGAGGAAAAAAAAUGGACGAUCCACCGCGGAAUUCGUCGUGGAAAGAACCAGGGUUCGCCAGGCGACGACGCCAGGGCUUCGUCCGACUCGGAAAACUUUCCUCAGGUUCAGGGCUCGUGUAGCAACUGCGGCGUUGCUUGUCAUAGCGUGCGUGCUACGCCGAAGGGACACACGUGUUAUAGCUGCUACCUGCAUUGGAGGCGCACGGGGGUAACCCGACCGCUGAGCUCGAUGCCGGGGCGUUCGAACAAGCGCAAGCCUCCACGCGGACUGGUCGUCAAUCACGACGACCUGGCCGCAUUGGCCGGACAGCCCGGCCCGGCCAACCAGAUCCUGCAAGCUAUUGACACUGAAAUCGUUAGUCUCAAGCGACAAAUUCAGACGAAUAAGCAGCAAGUGAGCGCACUCAAGCGCAAGACAACUGACGGCAUCGAUGAGUUGCGACCAAGUGAGAAUGUCAAUCGUAUAUCGUCGCGCUGGACUAACGACGAGCUGAUGCUGGCAGUACAAGGAGUACGCAAGUACGGCAAAGACUUCUCGGCCAUCGCCGAGGUGAUCGGUACCAAGACCGAGGUGCAUCUGCGCUCUUUCUUCAUUAAUUACCGGCGAAGGUACAAUCUCGACAUUGUAUUGAAAGAGUACGAGGCGGAAAACGGCCCGAUACCUAUGGACGACGAUAAGGACGACAAAAUGGAGGUCGACCCACCAACAAACUCGGAAACAGCUGAAGCUUCACAAAAAACAAAACCGACAGCCACAAGUACAAAUCAAACGUCGGCCAAAUAACACACGAGUAUUCUUAAUGUGGCGAAACGUAUUAAGCAAAAUUAGUUUAAUUAUUCUUCAAGCUACAUCGUGAGGCUCUAUCGUCAGGAUACGCACAUUUUAUAUUGAAAUGGCCGUUACGUUUGUUUGUCUAUCCUGCAUCCAGAUAGCACAGAAAUUUUGCAAGCUUCCAAAUCUAAGAUUUUUAAAGUAUAUCAAAAUUAUAAGUAUUUCAUCUAAAUUUCACAAUGUAAACGUGCGUGAGUGCCAUGCCUUAGACUUCAUUAGAUUGGCUUGAAAAAUGUAGGAUUUUUUUACACAUUUUUGUUUUUUUACCUGAGAUUGUUAACAAUCGAAAAAGUUGAGAUUUACAAGUGUUCUAAAUAUGAGUAAGAUUUUUUUCCUGCAUGUUUAUGACGAUGAACAAAUUUUUCAAUUAUCCGAAUGUACAUAUUAAUGACGUUUUAUUUAAGAUAAAAAUAGGGAUAAAUGGUUGCAACAAAAAGUUUUUUAAAAUUUGUUAAUUUAAUUGAUGAUAUAAGACUUACAAUUUUUCACGAUUUCUAGUGUAAAUGCAGAAGUCUAAUGUUCUCUCGGCAAGUUCAGUUAUUAGAUAAACUUAUUACCAACGAGAAACAGACUUCCACUUGUUUUUUAGUGAUAAAGUGAAUUUAUACGUUGUCCUAGUAUACAUACUUUGUGUACAUAUAUACGCGCGCCCAGACUAAAUGUCGCACUGAUAUGCUAUGUGUGUAUGUGCAUCAAUUCGUUUCAUAACUGCGGAGUUUUCACACAGAAUGAUACUAUUUUAUUGUUCAUCUCACUGGCGAAGCAUUAUCGUUCGCAAACACUAUGUAUAUUAUCAACGUUAAAAAUAGUCAAACUCUCAAGCAGAGUAAUUUAUAGCGUUCGGAAACAAAUAAAAUUUAGAAUAAUCUCCAUCACCUGCAACUUCUAUGAAAAUAGUAUCGAAUCACUUAUUCGAUACAAUUCUAAUGUUUUAAACUCUUAAUGCUCUUAGUAUUUUAAUAAUUUUGCAUAUGACGAACAAAUCAAUACAUUAAAUUUUGUUUAUUUUAUGUAAAAAAUUAUGAGCAAAAUAAUUAUACAUUUUGAAAAAGUAUCUCGAUAACAAUCACUGAAAACUAUUUUUAAUGUCCUGGAGUAUGUACAGGAACAUCAUGGUAUCGUCACGUGCUGAACCGAAUCACUAUUGGAUCAUCUAUUAAUUAUUUUUGGAAAAUAUUGAUUUUUAACUAUCAAAAACUCCAUUAGCAUACACGUAGAGUUAGUUUAAUCAUAAGCUACGGCGGUAUAUAAUAUUUUUUAUUUGAUGUUACAAUUGAAAUGUACAGCAUAAAAUUCGUAUCGUUAUCAUAUGUAAAGAAACUUUCGUAUAAGAAAAUUUAUUUUAAGAUAAUUGCAUUUACGUUCAAUGCUAAAUUGUAACAUUUCAAUGCAUAAUACGUAGUUCAAAUUUUGUUUAUGUCAAGUAAUUUUAUACUUUUCUACGUUCAUCAUAUAAUAUAAAUAAUUCAAUACUAGAAAUGUGCGUUAUAAAAUGCCAUUAUAUAUUGGAAAAUUCACAAUUUUCCAUCUAUUUUAACGUAUCGAUUUAUGUUCAUAAGCGUUUUAUCUUACUCAAAAUUACAACAAAAUUGCUUCUACAAAUUUAUCUUAAUAAACAAAUGUUUACUUAGAUUUUUUAGUUUCUUCAUACUACAGCAAUACAUGCAUUGUACAUUAUACAUAAUUUUUAAUUUAAAUGAUAUGAAUUGCUGAAGAUAUGGUAUAUGUGUUAUGCAGUUCAAACACCAAUUAGACUCAAAUUGUGAAUAUUGUCUAUACUUUUGAAAUGAAACCAAACCAAUAGUAUUAGUGAUUUAAAUUAAACUAGAAAAAACGUUCACGCUUCAUGUUUUAUUAGUGAUAAAUUAAUGGCAGCUUAUUAACGAUACCAAGUAUAUGUAUUCCCAGUCCUAACUUUUCAAACCGUAUGCUACAUUUUCUCAUCCCUAAACAAACGAGUAUACGAAUAAUUAUAACAAAGUAUUGGAAAACAAUUUUAAUUUUGAAAAAUAUAUCUAAUUGUGUACAGAGAAGUUCAACUAUCAGAACGUGAGUGCAGGAUAUUUUUUUGGUUUGAGAACUUAUUGAAAAUUAUAUUAUAUUGAAAGCAGCUACAAACAUCACAUGUAAAUCAAUAAAUCAUGCAUUUUAAUGAAUUGUUGAGUCUAAUUAGAAAAGUUAAUGCAAAAUCUGUAAAAGCAGUCAUUUUCCAUAUCUUAUGGCUGACAUGUUUGAUCAGUGCUUCAUUACAUGUGAAUUGAAAAAAAACAAACUAGUUUUAAAAAUUGUUCAAUGAGUUAUACAUAUAUUUUUUAAUAAGUGAAAUAUAACAAAUAUUAUUACACUAUACUGCUGUUUUCAAUUAUUGGCUGAA